AUCUGGAUAUGGAGAUGGAGCUCAAUUCCUUGAAUCUCAGCACUGGAACCCUUUUCUGUGUGACAAAUCAGCUGCUAAAGCCUGGCAAACCAACCUCUCACCUGUUUUCCUCUUUUAUCGGUUUCAAAGACCUCAAGAAAUGGAGUGUUAAUGUGCUACAGCCAUGAUUAAGUGGAUAUUUGUGUUUUUUUCUCAUCACAGUCACACAUGGAAGCCUCCUAUGUGCCUGACUCAAUAUGUUUUUGCAGAGAGGGGCCAGAAGAACAAACCGAAGAGCUUAUGAAAACGCCAAUGUGAGAGUUGCCCACAUUCUCCACAGAGAAACCAGUGUUGGAUCUUGAAGACAAGGGUCCGUGAGAGUCUUCUGUCAGGUUCAUGUGUGAGGUAUCCCGAUUUUCAGCCGAGCAGAACUACUGUGGGGCAGGUAAUUUAAUUAACGUGAACAAUUAAUAUUCGGUUACCAUUGUGAUCCAUAGAAGAAUGAUUCUCCGAAGAUGUCUCCGAAUUUUGGCCCUUUUGCUUCUGUUCACCUCUGUAAAAUCUCAAGAUGCGCAACUUGAAGAUGAGACCGUUUUUGACUUGUUUGAAACCAGUGGGAUCACACGCAAGACUAUCGGUGUGAAGCUUUUCAAGGGUCUGGACAGCGAUGCUCCAGCAUACCGCUUCAUCCGUUUCGACCAGCUCCCUUCUGUCAGUUCCUCAGCGCUACAACAACUUCUUUUGCAAAUACAAAACAAUGAAGGCUUUAUUCUGACAGCCACUCUGCGCCAGGACCGCACAUCCCGUGGCACCAUUCUUGCACUGGAAGGCCCUGGCGAGCGCAGGCAGUUUGAGGUCGUUUCGGAUGGCCGAACCAACACUCUAGAUUUGGUGUACUGGUGGGCCGAUGGCUCACGCAACAUAAUCUCUUUUGAGGAUGUAGACCUCUCGGAUUCGCAAUGGAAGAAUGUAACACUCUAUGUGCAUGGAGAGACGGCAACUUUGUACAUUGGUUGUGGACUCAUUGAUAGCUUCAUUCUCGAUGAACCUUUCUAUGAACAUCUGAGCGCCACAGGUGGCCAUAUGUUUGUGGCCAAAGGGUCCACCCGAGAAAGCCAUUUUAGGGGUUUGCUGCAGAAUGUACGUUUUAUCUUUGACACCCCACUUGAGGACAUUCUGGAGAGCAGGGGAUGUGAUCUUGGAAACCCAGUGGAGGCGAAUGUAGUCAGUGAGAGCGCAGAGGAGGUGGAAGUUCCAUCUUCAAUUGCCUCCAAUGUGAUUGUCCAGAAUACAGAUGUUCCAGCAACCAGCUCCUCAGAAAUGAUGUGUGAACGUUCCUGUGAAGAACUGGCCAACCUCUUCCAGGAGCUCAAGGGUCUCAGAGUUGUCGUUAGCAACCUCAUAGAUGGUCUGCAGAAAGUGACAGAAGAAAACACAGCGAUGAAGGAAGCACUGAAUAAGAUGCAGAAUCCUUCGGAGCAGAGUAUGUGUUGGCAAGAUGGCCGUAUGUUUGAGGACAAAGAGGACUGGAUUGUGGAUAGUUGCACUAAAUGUACCUGCCAAGAAGGAAAAGUUGUUUGUCGUCAGAUCACAUGUCCUCCUGUGGCAUGUGCCAAUCCAUCCUUCAUCGAUGGCGAAUGCUGUCCAGUGUGUCUUCCAAUGGACAGUGAGGACGGCUGGUCUCCGUGGUCAGAGUGGACUCAGUGCACAGUCACGUGUGGGAGCGGCACUCAACAGAGGGGGCGCUCUUGUGAUGACACAAGCAAUACAUGUUCUGGACCCUCGAUUCAGACACGCAAGUGCAGUUUGGGAAAAUGUGACCGCAGAGCUCGUCAGGAUGGUGGCUGGAGCUUAUGGUCUCCCUGGUCAUCCUGCUCAGUGACAUGUGGGGAGGGACUGAUCACACGUAUCCGUCACUGCAAUGCUCCUGUUCCACAAAGAGGUGGCAAAGACUGUGAAGGUGACGGACGAGAGACACAGAGCUGCCACGCAGACCCCUGUCCGAUUGAUGGUGGCUGGGGUCCAUGGUCUCCCUGGGCAUUGUGUUCAGCUACAUGUGGAGGGGGUCUGAAGAGUCGUGUUAGAGAGUGUAACAGCCCCGAACAGCAGCAUGGAGGAAGGAAGUGUCUUGGAGACUCCAUUGAAAAUGAAGUAUGCAACCGACAGGAGUGUCCAAUUGAUGGCUGUCUUUCGAACCCUUGCUUCUCUGGGGUUGAGUGUAGCACAGCUUCUGAUGGAUCUUGGGAGUGUGGACCCUGCCCGAAUGGCUACCGUGGCAAUGGAACCUCUUGUGAAGAUGUCAAUGAGUGUGAUAUGGUUUCAGAUCUAUGUCAUAAGGUGGGUGGCCAACAGCAAUGUGUGAACACAGACCCUGGAUUCCACUGUCUCCCCUGCCCCCCACGUUACAAAGGGACUCAGCCCUACGGCAUGGGAGUGGAGUCAGCUAAAAUCAACAAACAGGUGUGUGAACCCUACAACCCCUGUAAGGACAACAGCCACAGUUGCCACAAGUAUGCUGAAUGCAUCUUCCUUAGUCACUUUAGCAACCCGAUGUACAAGUGUGAGUGCCGUAUUGGUUAUGCUGGAGACGGAAUCAUCUGUGGAGAGGACUUUGAUCUGGAUGGAUGGCCCAACCAGGAUCUUGCAUGUGGAGCAAAUGCCACCUACCAUUGCAAAAAGGACAACUGCCCGACUCUACCCAACUCUGGUCAGGAGGACUUUGACAAUGAUGGGCAAGGAGAUGCUUGUGAUAAAGAUGAUGAUAACGAUGAAAUUGUGGAUGAAAGGGACAACUGCCCCCUGAUGUAUAAUCCCAGGCAGUAUGAUUAUGACAAGGAUGAUGUUGGAGACCGUUGUGAUAACUGCCCGUAUGAACACAACCCUGCUCAGACCGACACUGACAACAAUGGGGAAGGAGACGCCUGUUCUAUUGAUAUGGAUGGAGAUGAGAUUCUAAACGAGCGAGACAACUGCCCUCUCAUUUACAACACAGACCAGAAAGACACAGAUAUAGAUGGUGUCGGAGACCAGUGUGAUAACUGCCCUUUAGUCCACAACCCACAACAGACGGAUGUAGAUAAUGAUCUAAUUGGAGACCAGUGUGAUAACAACCAGGACAUAGAUGAAGAUGGCCAUCAGAAUAACAUGGAUAACUGCCCAUACAUAGCCAAUGCUAACCAAGCCGACCACGACGGAGAUGGGAAAGGAGAUGCUUGUGAUUUUGACGAUGAUAACGAUGGCAUUCCUGAUGACCGUGAUAACUGCAGACUAGUUCCCAACAAGGACCAACUGGACUCUGAUGGUGAUGGUCGUGGUGACGCCUGUGAGAAUGACUUUGAUAAUGACAAUGUCCCGGAUAUCUUUGACGCGUGCCCGGAAAACAGCGCCAUCAGUAUCACAGACUUCCGGAAGUUUCAAAUGGUUCACCUCGACCCCAAGGGAACCACGCAGAUUGAUCCCAACUGGGUGGUCCGAAACCAGGGCAAAGAGCUUGUGCAGACUGCCAACUCCGACCCUGGCAUUGCAGUGGGCUUUGAUGAGUUCAGUGCUGUGGAUUUCAGCGGGACCUUCUAUGUGAAUACAGACAGGGAUGAUGACUAUGCAGGUUUUGUGUUUGGAUACCAGUCUAGCCGACGUUUUUACGUAGUAAUGUGGAAACAGAUCACGCAGACGUACUGGGAAGACAAGCCGUCAAAGGCGUUUGGCAUCUCUGGCGUCUCUCUCAAGGUGGUCAACUCCACCACAGGCACUGGGGAAAAUCUACGCAAUGCAUUAUGGCACACAGGCAACACCAAGCAACAGGUGCGCACUCUGUGGCAUGACCCGAAGAAUAUCGGUUGGAAAGACUAUAAUGCCUACCGCUGGCAUCUCAUCCACAGACCGAAGACUGGCUUCAUUAGGGUUGUUGUAUAUGAAGGCAAGCAGAUCAUGGCAGACUCAGGUCCCAUUUAUGACAAGACGUUUGCAGGAGGAAGACUCGGGUUAUUCGUUUUCUCCCAGGAGGCCGUCUUCUUCUCUGACCUCAAAUAUGAAUGCAGAGAUAAUUGAGUGUGAUUGGAAUACAUAUUCUGUCUCCUGUCAUGGACUUUUUUUUUUAUCAAAGCAAAACCGGAUCGAUGUAAUCGAGAAAAUGAGACAUACAUGCAAUCGAGGUUCCUUCAAGAGGUGAAUAUACCUUCCGCUGGACAAGUAUGAAAGGAAACAAAUAUUUGGUCAGCAUUGCUUUAGAAUCCUCAGUUAAUUGUUGCACAUAUAAUAUUUGUAAUGCUACAAUGAGUCCUGCCAUCUUGAAUAUAAACCCAAGGCUCUGAGUGUUUUAGGGUUUAUAGUUUUUCAUUUCAUAUCAUUUAUUCUUUUAUAUGUCUUUCUAGUCAUUCUUAUGGAGAAGAUUUUUGUGCUUUUUGUGUUUGUUGCAAUCGUUUAGGGGAGAUGUAUUAUAUUCAGACAUUUUCUAUUAUCUACUGUAACUUAUUUGUCUUUUUUUCUGGUUAUUAGUUAACAUUCCUUUUGUAUUGUAUCCCUUGCUGACAAAUUGUAAAUACUUAUUUAUUUGUUUACAUUGACAACUUUUUACAAAUGAGGUUUAAAAAGAUGUUUUGCAUAUGUUAUCGAAUUGCAUUCAUGUCAGUAAGGCUCCGUCAUUUGCCGUUAUCUACAUGAAGUGAAUGUGACAAGAGGAACAGUAAUGUAAUAUUCCUGAACAUUUCAGAAGUAUCAGGUGGUUUCACUUUUCUUUUUAUUAAACUACAGAGGCUGCAUGAAAAUAACCAUCGCUUUAAACGUG